UUGUACACAUCCGCCGUCCACGUGAUACUCCACGACGGAGACAAGCUUAAUUAAGCAAUGGCGACCCGAUCGGUGCACAGUAAGUAGCCCGACGGUGGUUUGUUUAUAGCCGUUUUUAUACGGGUCGGCGCCAAAUACUCAUUUGCAAAACACGUAGAAUUAUCUAUAUGUCUCUUUUAAAAAGAAAAAUUGAAAGAGAAAGCAAAGCUUUACUGCUUUUAUAGUUCUAAUUCUAAUGAAAGUUAUUGAUAGAAAUAACUACCGUUAUAAACAAAACUUCCCUGAUUAUGCCACCCAAGAAACGCUUUCUUUAUGGAAAAACUACUGCUGCUAAGAAAAGGCGAGCAGAAAGAGCAGCCGAAACAGAAGAGCAACGUAUUCAAAGACUUCAAACACAAGCUGCAAGACAAGCUGCAUAUAGACAACGUGAAACUUUUGAACAACAUCAAACCAGACUUGAAACAGAGGCUCAGAGACAAGCUGCAUACAGACAACGUGAAACUUUUGAACAACGUCAAAUCAGACUUGAAAAACAAGCUCAAAGACAAGCUAAACAUAGACAACGAGAAACUUCUGAAGAACGUCAAAUCAGACUUGAAAAACAAGCUGAAUAUAGACAACAACAAGCUGCUAAACAACUUCAAAUUAGACUUCAAAGACAAGCUGAAUAUAGAAAACAAAUUAGACUUCAAAGACAAGCUGAAUAUAGACAACAAAUUAGACUUCAAAGACACGCUGAUUAUAGACAACAAAAUACUUGUAAAGAAUGUCAAACCAAAUGUGAAAUACAAGAUGCAAGUAGACAACAAGAAACUUGUGAACAAGAACAAAGCAGUUUUCAAGCACGAAACUUAAAAACUUACAGACGACAAAAACCAGAAGACAGAGAUGAUACACAACUUCAGGCUCGAGGAAAAAGACGAUUGCGAUCGCGAUGUCCAGAUUGUGAUGCUCCACAGUGGAAUUUAAAUGACUUUACGUAUGAUCCACAAUAUACUUAUGUAUCUGAUAAAGUAGUUGCAGUCUAUCUGCAUUAAUGCUUAUUUUCAGAUAGCCAACUAUUUAAAUUUUCCCACAAAGGAACAUUUUCAUCCUGUCUUAGGACAACUUCAGCUUAGUAAUGAACAAAAGUUAUUGUUCUAUCUGAUUAAAAUAUUUUUGAUAGAUCAAACAAUAUUUCAAAUGAUACAUUUUUCACAAUCUAAUGAUAAUUCAUACUAUACCUUUUCAUUCUAACUUGUUAAAAUCAAACCUCAGGCAUCAUUUCCCAGUUUAGCCAAAAGCAUUAAUUUUCACACUUAUAUCAUAUUGCCUCUUUCAUUCUCCUUCAAAUUUUUCUAUGUAGGAUCCACUUACAGAUCAGUGAAUGUCAGGGUCAAAGAGCAUUUCAAAUCCAUUACCCGAUACCCAACAAAUAGCACAAUUUUAUUGCAAUGGACCCUAGAAAAAGAAGCAGAAGUAUGUUAGAAAGAACCUGUAGUACUUAGAAGCUGGUACGACAUUAAGAAUGUAAGAAUUCUGAAGCAAUGUUUCAUUUAUGUCUUAAAAAAGCAUCUAAACAUCAUUUAAUGCACAGACUUAAAAAAACUGGACACCAGUGUUAAAAACAAGAUAUUGGGAGGAUAUAGUUAAACAAUUGCAAGAUGGAAGAAUGAAGGAGGCUGUGUGAUUAUAAGUGUGAAAAUUAAUGCUUUUAGCUGAACUGGAAAAUGAUGUUAGCACUACACAUACAUGAGGUUUGAUUUUAACAAAUUAGAAAUGAACUGCAAUGAACUGACUGUAUUCACUGCUAAUCAAGAACAUGACAAGCGAGACAUUGUGUUUAAAACUCUAGACAAUAUUCUGCAAUUUAUUAAUGAAACUCAUAGAUCAUAUUAUGUUUUGCAAUAUUCUUUACUAUCUCCGUUUGGAGAAGAUGGAUAUCACUUUGGAAUACCUCUCUCAGGUGUACAUUUUAACAAAACAGUUUCCAGAGAGAAAAAUUCCCAGCAUGGACUUCCAUGCUUACAAACUUAUGGUUUGUAAUAAUUCAUUAAAUCAUUUUAUAUUUGCUAGAAACCUUCUUCAUUAAUUUGCUGUUGACGUGUGUGCAAAAAUAGAAGCAGAAAAAUUGUUACAUCAGAACUCAUCAGAGAGAUUUAAGAUGUGAUUCAUAUAUACAUCUAAGAGAUGAAAUCAACAAUGAUGUAGCUGGAAAAGAAUAUGGUCAAUUUUUCAUUCUUUUAUCAAAUUUUGUAGGCAGUCCAUGUUACAUGCAUGAGAAAACACAAGAUGCAAUGCUAUAUAUGUUCACAUUUACAGUUGACCUGAUCUAUUUAUUACAUUUACAUGCAAUGAAUAUAUGUUUGUCCAAGUACUAAUUCAGAAUGAAUUACUACUUGGACAAACAUACAUUCAUAGACAUAAUCUCACAGCCAGAGUUUUUUACUUAAAAUUAUUAAAAUUGAUAGAUUUAAUCACAAAAUAUAACAUUUUUCACCUAUAACAUCCAUAUGUACACUAUUGAAUAGCAAAAAAGGGACUGCCUCAUGCUCAUAUUUUGAUUUGGCUGAUUAACAAACUUCAAGUUGACCAAAUUGAUUAUGUUAUCUCAACUGAACUUUCAGACUCUAAUGCAGACAAAGAAUUCUUUGAAAUAGUUCAAACUCAA